UUACCAUUACUACCUGCUAUUUUGAGCAAUUAUUCAAAAAGCCCAAUGCUAACAGCAUUUUACAAAGUAAGCCUAACGUUGGAGUUGUUCAUAUAAACUCAGGCCUUUACGAAAUUUGAAACACUAUUUACGCAGACAAGAAGAUGCUUUCUUUGCUGUUAUUCUUGUGGCUCACAAUCUGUAAACAAAGUCAAUCGCAGGAUCAAUGCGUUAACUCUUUACUAAAAGGCUGGCUAUUACAUGAAUGCAUCAUUGAGAAAAUCGACGUGCCAAGUGAAAUCGAGUGUAUUUUAUCUUGCGUCAAUACACCUUGCUGUAGGUCUGUCAACUACAGGAUUGGCUUUAGUGACAAAAAAGCCGAAAACUAUAGUUGUGAAUUGUUAGAUGGUAUUCACGAUGAAAAUAGCUAUUCCAAUUUACAACGAAAUGGAAAUUAUAUUUAUAUUUUUUCUGUCUCACCAAAAAAGUGUUUCAACAGAACAUGUGCUCAAUCAAAAGUGUGCAUAAAUCCAAAGGCAUUAGGCAUGGAGAAUAGAGAAAUAUCUGAUGCGCAAAUAACAGCCUCCUCUGAGUAUGACACAUUUCAUGGUAAGUCAAACGCUCGCUUGAAUUGCAACCUGAAAUCUGGCUCUUGGUCGGCAAGAAAAAAUGAUAAACACCAAUGGCUACAAGUUGAUUUCAGAAACAGAGUGACGAUAACAGAAAUCCAAACGCAGGGUCGUGAGAGCUACCAUAAUCAGUAUGUGAAGACAUAUUCUGUGUCAUAUUCCGACGACGGAACCAUUUUCAAAUCUUACAAAAAUGAAAAAGGAAUAAAGGAGUUUGUUGGAAAUUUUGACAUGCACACAAUUGUAGACCAGAAACUUUGCCCAGUCAUCAUAAGUCAGUACAUUCGUAUUCAUCCAAUGUCGUGGAACAAUCACAUAUCAAUGAGACUCGAAUUUGUUGGAUGCUUGCGUAAUUAAAACAGAUCAAAUAAAGCACGUAGAAUCAUACUGGUAUUCUUUGAAAAGGAUUUAAUUUGAUUGGCCACUCUACUUGCUUAGUAUUUUGAAUUAGAUAGGGAUGAGUGAUACAAUAUAUUGGGAGUAGCGACAAAAUAGAUCGUGAGUUGCAAAAAAAAACAUGUGUCGUCCCCCGUUCUAUCGACUGUUAGCUUUAUAUUAAUUGCUUAUUUCACAAGGCAAUUCUAGAAAUGAGUAAAUUUGCCACAACAUAUGUCAAGACGUUUGAAGGCAAAAUAGACAAAAAUUCAAUUAAAAUAAGGAAAACUGCAUUUAGCGAGUCGAUCGCUUUUUAAUAUAUGUGAUGUCCACAGCAAGAAAUGCAUAAAACAGCAAAUUAGGAAAACUAUGGCAGGCCUUUUCUUUGUGUAUAGUAGUAUGAUUCUGCUAAAACGGAUUAAACAAUUAGUUUACUUGCUCAAGAUUUCUAUGACACGACAGUCUAUUUGGUUUUUAUAAUAAUGAUCUACAUAUUCAAAAACAACACGCAAUCAAAAACUCAAAAAAAUACUAAAACUAUGCCUAUAUGGGUGUGAACAUUUAUAUUGCAUAUAUAGUGCACAGAGCAGCAGUUUAACUAUUUUAAUUUGAAUGCGUGACAAUAAGUUACACAAAUGAAUAUUUAGAAGUAAUGCUAAAGGCAAAAGAAAAAGGAAAUAACUCUAUAAUGAUAAAAAAACGUUGAUUUACUUCACGAGAUUAACCAAUCAGCAUUUUUUGUGCAUAAAAUGCUAAUUAACAAAAGUGUUUACAAAAAAUAAUACUAGCUAUAUGGGCGUGGAAAAAUCAACGCUUUUUUGUGAUUUAAGUUCCUUUGAAAUCCAUUGUUUUAUAAAAAGGGAGGUUUGUUGACUGGAGAAUUAUCAGAAUAUAAAAAAGAAUUGAAUGGGAUACAUUACUAUCAUUACGAACAUGUACUUGGUGUAACUUUGAGGUCGGACUUAAAAUGGAAUAAUCAUGCUGACCGUAUUACAUGUAAAGCUUAAAAACGAUUGUAUCUUUCAAGGCUCCUAUAGCGUGCAGAGGUUGAUCUGGACCCUUUGAAGAAAGUCUAUUGCUCCUGGGUUGGAUCAGUUUUGGAAUAUGCAUGUCAAAAGCGUUAAAUAGUAGCGGGGGCAGCAUAUACACUUUAAUGUUUUACAUCGAAUUAUGAGGGAAAGAACAGAUUCAAAGUUAUGAUUAAGGACGCACAUGCGUCAAUAUCUCCAAACAUUUAAGUUUAAUUUUAAUGAAAUAAUGUGACAAAACAAGGAAAUUAUCAACACUCACUAAAACUCUUCGAAGCUCGGUGCUAGUAGGUAUCCGGAAAAAAAAUAAAAAUAUUUAAAAUGUCGGAUAGAAUUUUUAAAAGGGCUAUAGCAACUCAGCCUCCACUGCUCUUCGUCGUUUACUGUCCAUUUCAUGUCUCUACUUAACUACCUUGCAAAUAGAAUAUCGGCAAUAGUUUUUACAAGCAUUUUAGAGGUAUUAUAGUAACAAGAUCAUAAUUUCGAUUACAGCUAACACAACUUCCUAACAAUAAAAGCUCCGAUUGUUUUUUUUCUUGCA